UUUCCUGUAGCUUAUCAUUUGUGGAAAAUUUUCAGAGCUUUCAACGAUGUUCCUCAAGUAACUUUAGAGAUCUAAGAUAGGAAGCAUCUUAUUUUCGAUCACCAGUACUCUAAAAACUAUUUACAGUGAUAAAUAAACAUGUUACGUAUUUUUGUUCAAAAUAAAAGUCGGACGAAACUUUUGCAAACAUGUUUGUUGUUCCAAGAUAGAAGAACAUUUGCAGAUAAGAAAAUUAUCAAGAGAAUCGUACAAAAUGAAAAUAAAUCCAAUACUUUAGCGCUAGAUAAAUUAAAGAAUGGGUUGCAAACAAUAAAAAAGACUAUUGUACCAUGGAACAGCAAUGAUCAGGAUGAGCAAAUUCCAUGGUCAAAUCUUACACCACGUAUGUCACAAAAUUGUGAUGUUGUUAUAAUUGGAGGUGGUGUAAUUGGUAGUUCCAUAGCUUACUGGUUAAAAAAACGAGUUUACAAGGAUUUCAAAGUUAUAGUCGUCGAAAAAGACCCCACAUAUACUAAAGCAUCGACGGUUCUUUCUGUCGGGGGUUUACGGCAACAAUUUUCUCUCGAAGAAAAUAUCGAAAUGUCCCUUUUUGGUGCCGAGUUUAUACGGAACAUUAAUCAGUAUUUAGGCAUAGAAGGACAACCCCCGAUCGAUUCGUGCUUCCAUCCAUAUGGAUAUUUAUUGUUGUCAAGUAACGAAGGAGCCGAGGUAUUAACAAGAAACUCUAGAUUGCAAAAUUUUCUCGGAGCAAAGAAUAUUUUGUUGACGCCAAGUAAAUUAAAAGCCGUGUUUCCUUGGUUAAAUACGGAAGAUGUUGAAUUGGGUUGUUUAGGAUUAGAGAAAGAGGGUUGGUUCGAUCCAUGGACUCUACUUUGUGCUUUUAAAAAAAAGGCACUAAUUUUAGGGGCAGAGUAUGCUUAUGCAGAAGCCAAAGGGUUCAUGUAUAAGGAGAACGAUGAUCACGGGGAUGAGAGAUUAGAUAAAUUGAUUAUACAAACUCCAGAGGGUGAAACGCGUACAAUAAAAUUUAGUUUAGCCAUUGUGGCGGCGGGUGCUUUUAGCGGAGAUAUCGCCAAGAUGGCGAAAAUUGGUACAACAACUGGAGAACGCAGCCUAGCAUUACCUGUUGUACCAAGGAAAAGAUACGUGUAUUGUUUUCACUGUCCCGAUGGCCCAGGUUUAAAUACUCCAUUAACGACUGAUUAUUCAGGAGUAUAUUUCAGACGAGAAGGCUUAGGGGGUUCCUACAUUUGCGGGAAAUCACCGGCCGAAUCCGAAGAGCCUUCCGUUGACAACUUAGAUGUUGAUUAUGAAUACUUUAACGAAACAGUAUGGCCGUUACUUGCACAAAGAGUUAAAGCUUUUGAAAGUUUAAAGUUGAUGUCUUCUUGGGCAGGAUAUUACGAGUAUAAUACCUUCGAUCAAAACGGAAUAAUUGGAGUACAUCCGUAUUAUAGGAAUAUGUUUUUCGCAACCGGAUUCAGCGGGCAUGGAAUUCAACAAGCACCAGCCGUUGGUAGAGCAAUCGCGGAAUUAAUUCUCGACGGCACAUUUAUUACAAUCGAUCUAUCGAAAUUUGGUUUCGAAAGAAUUGCUCGAGAGAAACCAAUGUUCGAAGCUAAUAUUAUAUAAACUAUAAUAUGAAAAACAGAACAAGCAUUUUUAGGAUGGAAAAUUUUAUAUGAAUUUUGUCGUGUAUUUAUUGUAUAGUAUUUAUACAUCAUAGCACAUGUAUAUAGUAGUCGA